UGGAGAAAGAUGAACUCACAGCAAGCCAAAAACAAACAAUGGCAAUUCAAUAUUUCUUCCUUCUACUCCUUGUUUUCUCCGCAGUGUGCUCCCAUGGAGCUCGCCAUAUGCCUUUCUCCAUCAUUAAUCUUGAUAAGAACACUGGAAAGUCUUACAAGAUGUUUGAUGAGAAGGAUUUGACCCGUAAUGAUUUUCCUAAAAAUUUUGCUUUUGGCACUGCUACAUCGGCUUUUCAGAUUGAGGGUGUGACACAUCGAGGAUUUAACAUAUGGGAUAGUUUCACUCACAGAUAUCCAGAAAAGUCAACUGAUGGAAGUUAUGGAGAUAUAGCUGCUGAUUCCUACCAUCUUUAUAAGACGGAUGUUAAGAUGAUGAAGGACAUGGGUGCCGAUGCUUAUAGAUUCUCAAUUGCUUGGUCUCGAAUAUUGCCAAAUGGAAGGAUAAACGGAGAAAUAAAUAAAGAAGGGAUCCAGUACUACAAGAAUCUCAUUGAUGAACUCUUAGCCAAUGAUAUAGAACCAUUCGUGACUAUUUUUCAUUGGGAUGUCCCUCAAACUCUAGAAGACAUGUACGGAGGACUUUUGGAUCGUAAUUUCGUGUCACAUUAUCGAGACUUUGCAAAUCUGUGCUUCAAAGAAUUUGGUGAUAAAGUAAAGUAUUGGAUAACAUUUAAUCAGCCAUAUAGUCUUGGGUUUAACGCUUAUGGAAAAGGAGAACAAGCACCUGGACGAUGUUCUUCUUGGAUGAACAAGAAUUGCACAGGAGGAGACUCAGGAACAGAGCCUUACAUCGUAGCUUACCAUGAACUUAUUGCACAUGCAGAAGUUGUUCAAUUAUAUAGAAGAGAAUAUAAGGAAAUCCAGAGAGGUCAUAUAGGAAUCACAUUGGUAGCAAAUUGGUUUUGGCCAUUAACGGACACAAAAGCUGACAUUGAUGCUGCUCAACGUGCUCAAGAUUUCAAGCUUGGAUGGUUUCUGGAUCCAAUAAUGUUUGGUGAUUACCCAGCAUCUAUGAAGGAGUUAGUUGGCAAAAGAUUACCACAAUUUGCUCCGUGGGAAUCUGAACUUAUAAAAGGAUCAAUUGAUUUUAUUGGCUUAAAUUAUUAUUUUCCACUAUUUGCAUAUAAUAAGCCUACACCUGAUCCCAAAAAACCAAGUGUUUUAACAGAUGGAAGAUUUGGAACUAUUGAUAAUCGCGAUGGUGUUAUGAUCGGUAUAAAUUCAACACUAUUUUGUUAUAAUGCGACGGGAUUUUACGAUCUUUUGACUUAUAUGAGAAACAAGUAUAACAAUCCCCUCAUCUACAUUACAGAAAAUGGUAAAAUUCAUUUGUAAUAGUUAAGUGUAUAUAUUUUUAUUAACAAUUA